AUGUCGAAAGGAACUCUAUUUGUUGUUCCAUCUCUCACCAAGGAUAAUUAUGAUAAUUGGUGCAUAAGAAUGAAGGCUUUGCUUGGAGCAUAUGAAGCAUGGGAUCCUGUGGGGAAUGGUGUAGAUGAAAAUGAUGCAUCCACCAAGAAGAAGGAUCCAAAGACCUUCAUCCAUCAAAGUUUGGAUGAAAAGAUGUUCGAAAAAGUUGCUGCGGCAACUACUUCCAAGCAAGCAUGGGAAACUCUUCAAGCUUCCUUCAAAGGUAUUGAUAAAGUAAAGAAGGUGCGUCUCCAAAUAUUGAGAGGGGAGUUUGAAUCUCUAUGCAUGAGGGAUUCUGAAUCUAUUUCGGAUUGCAUUUCAAGAGUCUUGACUAUCACGAAUCAAAUGAAACGAUAUGGAGAUGAUAUGAAAGAUGAUUGCAUUGUUGCAAAAAUUUUGAGAUCAUUGGAUCCGAAAUUUAAUUACAUCGUGGUUGCCAUCGAAGAAUCUAAGGAUUUAGACAAUAUGAUCGUUGAUGAACUUGUCACAUCAUUGCAAGCUCAUGAAGAAAGAAUGUUGAAACCGAUUCAAGAAUCGGUUGAACAAGCUUUAAAGGCAAAUCUAUCUUUGAAGGAGACAAAUCAAGGAAUAUCCCAUAGAGGUCGAGGACGUGGAGGAUAUCGAGAACAAAGUCGAGGACGUGGUCAUGGAAGAGGAGAACGAAGUGACAAAAAUACCUCAUAUAACGAGAUGAGUCAAAAUUUCAAUCAAGGAAAAACCCGUGGAAGAGGAAGAAAUUGCGGAGGUAAUAGGCCAAAUCAAAUGAGGUAUGACAAAUCUGAAGUUGAGUGUUUUUCUUGUCAUUAUCUUGGCCAUUAUGCUUGGGAAUGUAGAAAUAAAGUGGAGGAGACAAAUAAUUUUGUGGAGAGCACUAAUGUAAAAGAAGAUGGAGAUUCUACUUUGCUUCUAGCAUGCAAAACAAAUCAAAACGAAAAUGAAGAUCGAUGGCAUCUCGAUUCUGGUGCAAGUAGUCACAUUUGUGGAAGAAGAAAAUUGUUCAAGUAA